GACAGAAGCAUUUAUUGGGUGCAAGGGGGAGACUUGGAAAGAUCUCUGGGGGCCCCAAUGGGGUCACCAUGACAAAAGGAGAAUCCAUAGUUACAGGGGUCACAGCUCCAAGAGGUCGCACCAUGGAUGAGCCUGAGAGAGCUGAAGAGAAAGAGGAGAGUGAAUCAUGGUCCCCCAUGCCCAGGGAACGCUCCUACACUUCGGGGUCUCUGUCUGAGAGUUCUGGGCUGAAGAGGAGGAAACAGGUGGAGCCCCCCCCAAGCCAGGUGGCAGAGGAGAAGGAGCCCAGCAACAAGAGGGUUAAACCUGUCUCCAAAACACUGUCUGCAUCAGGUGCCCCACCCCCAGCUAAAGUCACGCCCCUCAAAAAACUGAGCCUGUCCAUCCAGAAGUCUAUUGGGUGCAAGAACGAGAGCCGCUUGUUCAGCUUCACUCCGCGCACGCGCAGCCGGGAUCCUGGGGGAGGAGCCAAGAAGAGGAGCAGCAAACUGUGGAGUGAGACCUACGACAGCGCUGGGGAGGAGUUAUCUGCCCGGCAAAUCAAAAGGCAGGAGGUGAUCUUUGAGCUGAUGCAGGGGGAGCGCAUGCUGAUCGAUGAUCUGAACUUGGUGAAGAAGAACUAUUAUGAGCCUAUGUUAAAGUUGGAAAUCUUAUCCCAAGAGGAGUUGGAUCAGAUCUUUGGCAUCCUGGACACGCUGGUCCCUCUGCACCAAGAUCUCCUGGAUCGGCUCCUAAAACUGAGGCGUGAGGAUGGCACUUUGGAGGUAAUCGGGCCCACCAUGCUGGAAUGGUUGCCCUGUCUCCAUGCCUACAAUACCUACUGCUGCAAUCAAGUGGCUGCCAAGUCUCUGCUGGACCACAAGAGACGCAGUGCCGCCGUGCAGAACUUUCUGCGCUUGUGCCAGGAGUCGGCCUUUAGCCGUAAACUGGACGUCUGGAGUUUUCUGGACCUGCCCAGGAGCCGCCUGGUCAAGUACCCACUUUUGCUGAAAGAGCUGCUCAAGCACACGGGUCCAGAGCACCCUGACCACACACCGCUGGGUGAGGCUGUGUAUAUGAUUCAAACCAUCAUUAGCCUAAUUAACAGCAAGACAGGAGAGGCGGAGUGUGAGUACUAUAGGCGGAGACUCUCCUAUCUGUACGAGAGCCAAGAGGAAGGAGCUGUGUCGUCCUCCCGAAUCCUGCACUGUCACGGGGAGCUGAAGAACAACAAGGGCCAGAGGCUCCACGUGUUCCUGUUUGAGGCCGUCCUUGUUCUUACACGCACAACCACCCAGAACGACCAACUGCAAUUUCAGGUUUACCGCCAGCCAAUCCCUCUGCAGGAACUAGUUCUGGAGGACUUGCCAGAUGGAGAAGUGAGAGUGGGGGGCUCCAUACGAGGGGCUUUUACGCCUGCUACAGAACGGGCCAAGAACUUUUUUCGAGUGAGCUUCCAGGAGCGCUCCAGGGGACAGUCUCACACCCUCCAAGCCAAUGACUCGUUCAACAAGCAGCAAUGGAUCAGCUGUAUCCGCCAGGCCAAGGCGGCCAAUCAGAGGGGCACCACUUACAUGGGGGGCUCCCAGGAAACGCCAUGCACCUUUGUGGACAUAUCUGAGCUGAGCUUGAGCUCCAACAAGGACUGUGAGAAAAUGGAAGAUGGAUAAAGAGAGCUCACAAAACUCAAUGACUGAUCUUCAUGGCGACAGAAAGUGACUGUAAGAAAUUGUCGGGGGGCUGUUAAUGCUCUGGUCAAGUGUCACCCGCUUUGCACCCGCUUCCAAUGCUCCUGCCUCUAUCUUCAGCCUCAUUUCUUAUUAUUUAAAAUAAAAGGUACCUAUUUUUUUUUCAA